AUGCUUACAGCCUUGUUUAACGUUUUCAGAAAAGAAUUAAGCUAUAAAAAAACCGGCUAUAACAAUACUGGAAAUGAUGAUUAUAAUGAUGACGUUGAUGAUGAUGACGAUGAUGAUGAUGAUAUUUAUUCUCUCAAUUUUUACUCCACUUCGUUUAUCGAAUGUGAAUCAGUUAAAAAAGAAGAAAAUUUUGUGAUAUCUUUUGAAAUGAUCGCCUUGAUUCUGAUUUCAAGCGAGAAUGAGACAUUUAAGGAUGGAAAGAAAAAGAUGAGAAAAUCAUUGAGACAUUAA